AUGGAGCUUCUCACAAGCGACCUGGAUCAAAGUCUAAACUAUGUAUUCCGAAACGGAUUUCAACUAAACCAACACUUCUACAGUUGUGAAGGAGUUGAUGGAUUUGCUUCGGGACAACCUAGACAGUACCUUGGUACAUACUUCAUGACUGUCGGAUUUAUUUUGUUGAUAAUAUACAUUCCCUGUCUCAUCGUCGUCGCCCGUAGCGACCUCAUGAAAUCUUCAUGUUAUAAAAUUAUGGUUUGUCUUGGAAUCCUUGAUAUCUGCUGCAUUUUGACAAACUCCGUUGCGACUGGAUUCCUAGGAUUCGUGGGAGCAACUUUCUGCUCUUAUCCAUUCUUCAUAUUCUUUAUGGGCUCUUUGGGAUGUGGGUGUUGGAUGGGAUCCUGCGCUUCUUGUAUCCUCCUUGGCAUCAACAGAUGUUGUGAUGUUAACCAACAUCUCCGGAUUCGCACUAUUUUUAUUGGGCGGAAAAUGUACCUGACAAUCUCCAUCCCUAUUCUGUACACCAUAUACUCUACGUUUUUCACCAAACCCAUACUUUUCAAUUCCAACUACAUGAGCUGGUUCUUCAACCCAAUGCUCCCGGGAAACGAGGCAUCCGACUACAUCAAUAUCGCACAUACCAUCAACAACUGUGUCGUUUCUAUGGCUACAACCUCUAUCUAUGCUUAUUUAUGCAUUUUGUUAUUUGCAAAGAGCAAGCAUUUCCGAUCGGAAUCCAUAUCAAAAACUCAGACUCAGAUCUUCUUCCAAUCCGUUCUAAUCUGUUCUUUCAACGCAAUUGCCGCCUAUAUCUACGUCUACAUGCAAUUCUUCUACUCACCCCCAGAAGUCGUUCUCAUCGGUCAACUUGCUUGGCAGUGUGCACAUGGUUCGGUGUGCCUCAUCUACAUCACAAUGAAUAAGACAGUCCGUCGUGGAGUUAUUGAUCUAGUUGUACCACGUGUCAUUCGUGAUCAGGCAAGGAUUGGAACCAACCGAACCACAAUUAGUCGUCCGAUUCUGAGUGUGGUUGGAGUGGAUGCUAAGUUAGGCACAACAAGGACUGCAACGAGUUCCGGCACUGUGUUCUAG